AUGCGGGUUCCUCACACUGAGGACAAGGUUCCUUCCUCUGAGGGCAAGGUUCCUCACUCUGAGGACCAGGUUCCUGACUCUGAGGACAAGGUUCCUCACCCUAAAGGCAUGUUCCUCCCACUGAGGACAAAGUUCCUCACUCUGAAGACAAUGUACCUCUCUCUGAAGACGAGGUUCCUCACACUGAGGACAAGGUUCCUCACUCUGACCACAAGGUUCCUCACUCUGAGGACAGGGUUCCUCACACUGAGGACAAAGUUCCUCACUCUGAAGUCACGUUCCUCACUCUGAGGACAAGGUUCCUCACUCUGAGAACAAGGUUCCUCACUCUGAAGACAAGGUUCCUCACACUGAGGACAAGGUUCCUCACUCUGAGGACAACGUUGCUCACUCUGAGAACAAGGUUCCUCACACUGAGGACAAGGUUCCUCACUCUGAGGACAAGGUUGCUCAAUCUGAGGACAAGGUUCCUCACGAUGAGGACAAGGUUCCUCACUCGGAGGACAAGGUUGCUCACUCUGAGAACAAGGUUCCUCACACUGAGGACAAGGUUCCUCAAUCUGAAGACAAGGUUCCUCACACUGAGGACAAGGUUCCUCACUCUGAGGACAAGGUUGCUCACUCUGAGAACAAGGUUCCUCACACAGAGGACAAGGUUCCUCAAUCUGAGGACAAGGUUCCUCACGAUGAGGACAAGGUUCCUCACUCGGAGGACAAGGUUGCUCACUCUGAGAACAAGGUUCCUCACACAGAGGACAAGGUUCCUCAAUCUGAAGACUAG